AUGCCUCGAGAACUUCGCAACCGAAAGGUUGCAUCGCCCAAGAAUGAAGCUACCAAGUCUGUGGAAAAGGCGACUCCCAAGGGCAAGAGAAAGGCAGCCGCCGAAGUAGCUUCACCUGUAGCCGCGAAGAAGCAAAAGGCCAGCAAAAAGCCGGAAGCCGAGGCCAAGCCGGCCAAGUCCCCAAAGCCCAAGGCCAAGGAAGAGAAGAAGGAAGAGUUGAAGGAAAAGAAGAAGGAGAAGAAGGAGGAGAAGAAGGAGGAGAAGAAGGUGGAGAAGGUGGAAGAGAAGGAAGAUGUCAUCGAAAUGGAUGACGACUCCGACUCCGAAGGCCAGGAGGGCGAGGACAACCUCCAGGUUCUGGCCGUCAACAUUGACCCCGAAGAAGAGAACGCUGUGGCCCAGGAAGAGUUCCAGCCCGGACAGGACGUCGGCAAGAUUCCCAAGGUCUCGAAAGACGUCCAGAAAUCCAUCAAGGCUUCAAAGGAGGAGCCCGGCGUCAUCUACAUCGGACGGAUACCCCACGGUUUCUACGAGUUCGAAAUGAAGCAGUACCUGUCUCAGUUCGGCCCCAUCUCACGACUCCGCCUAUCGCGCAACAAGAAGACCGGUGCCAGCAAGCACUUUGCCUUUGUCGAAUUUGCCGAGGCUAGCACGGCCGAGAUUGUCGCAAAGACCAUGGACAACUAUCUUCUUUUCGGACACAUUUUGAAGUGCAAGAUUCUCUCCAAGGACCAGGUCCACGAGGACUUGUUCAAGGGAGCAAACAGAAGAUUCAAGAAGGUUCCAUGGAACAAGAUGGCCGGCCUGCAGUUGACAAAGCCCCAGACCGAGUCCGCCUGGGAAGCCAAGGUCGCAAGAGAGCGAAACAACCGUGCAAAGAAGGCUGCCAAGCUACAGACACUGGGAUACUCUUAUGAGGCCCCGGCUCUGAAAGACGUCCCGGCACCCGUACCCGCCGCAAUUGAGAAUGGAGAGGAGGCCAAGGCAAUUGAGGCUGCUCCAGAAGCAGCGGUCGAGGAGGAGAAGGCAGUGGAGGAAGCCGAAGAGGCAGAGGCUGAAGAGAAGCCUUUGACUGCCGCGAAGACAAAAGCUACUCCGGUGAAGAAGGCCGCGGCCAAGCCAAAGACGCCUAGGUCGACCACCAAGGCCAAGAAGGCCAAGGCUUAA